AUGCCGCUCUUCUCUCUGCUUUUGGGUCCAACCCUGACAACACACCUGGUCACGCUUAUCUCCUACCGCUCCCACCAACUCAGCCCCACCGUAUGGGCCCUCGGCUUACAAUUCACGCCUCCACCCUGUCAGCUCAUCUGCCCUCCGUUCCAGAACGUGAAUACGAGGCUGAGAGAUGGCGCUUGCAAGCCAGCCGUACCGAGUUCAAGUACUCCAAGAGAGAUUGACAAUUUGGCGCUAGCGACAGCUCACCAUCAGACUUCCGUCACGAAUUAUGACAUGGCUUGGAGCAAUGCUGACAAGUUGUCAUCAGUUCUGCCAUCUAUUACGCUUGGAAAGGAAGUCUCCGUAGCCUGCUAA